AUGAUCAGGAAGUCUGCAUCAACCUGUGGGGACCAAGUCAUAGCGAAUGGGCAGAAUUCUUCCCGAAAUGAAGCUCGGUCAGACCUCAACGGCAAACAGUGGGAUUCUGAUGUUCCAAGCGGGAAAGUGGAACUGCGGAAGAAGGUGACGCUGCUCCGGGGAAUCUCCAUCAUCAUUGGCACCAUUAUUGGAGCAGGAAUCUUCAUCUCCCCCAAGGGGAUCCUGAAGCACUCUGGCAGUGUGGGAAUGUCCUUGCUGGUCUGGAUCGCAUGCGGCAUGCUCUCACUCUUCGGAGCUCUCUCCUACGCUGAGCUGGGGACUUGUAUCAAGAAGUCUGGCGGACAUUAUACCUAUAUACUUGAGGCCUUUGGACCUCACAUGGCCUUCAUAAGACUAUGGGUUGACCUCAUCGCCAUAAGGCCAGCAGGGCUGGCAGUGAUCUCCCUAGCCUUCGGUCGGUACAUCCUGGAGCCUCUCUUCAUGCCCUGUGGAAUUCCCCCCAUCGCCAUCAAACUUGCCACUGCCAUUGGCAUAACUUCCGUCAUGUACCUGAACAGUAUGAGUGUGACCUGGACGGCCAGGAUUCAGAUCUUCUUGACCUUCUCUAAGCUCCUGGCCAUUGCCAUCAUAAUAGUGCCUGGAAUGUAUCAACUCUUCAAGGGAGAGACCAAAAACUUUGAUAAUGCCUUUGAGGUGAACAGUGUUCAACUGACUGGUCUUCCACUGGCCUUCUACUCAGGAAUGUAUGCAUACGCUGGGUGGUUCUACCUGAAUUUUGUAACAGAGGAAGUAGAUAAUCCUGAAAGGACUGUACCACUGGCAAUCUGUAUCUCCAUGGCGAUCGUGACUACCUGCUACGUCCUGACCAACGUGGCCUACUUCACGGUGAUGUCAGCUGAGGAGCUCCUAGCAUCAACGGCCGUUGCUGUGACAUUUGCGGAGAAGUUAAUGGGAAAUUUCUCCAUGGUGGUGCCAGUGUUUGUGGCCUUGUCCUGCUUUGGCUCCAUGAAUGGCUGCCUCUUUGCAUUCUCGAGAAUGUUCUAUGUGGCGUCACGUGAGGGUCACCUCCCCGAGGUUCUGUCCAUGAUCCAUGUCCAACGACAUACUCCACUUGCUGCUGUCAUCGUACUGUACCCUAUGACUAUGUUCCAGCUGUUUGUGGGUGACAUAUACAGCCUGUUAAACUUCAUGAGCUUCCUGCGCUGGCUGUUUAUCGGCAUUGCAGUGCUGGGAUUAAUCUACCUACGAUACAAAAAGCCGGAGCUCCACCGGCCCUUCAAGGUGCCCCUCUUCUUCCCGAUCAUAUUCUGUUUCACUUGUUUCUUCAUGGUCUUCCUGUCCCUGUACUCUGAUCCAGUUAAUACAGGGAUAGGCUUUGCCAUUUCCCUCACUGGUAUUCCGGCCUACUACAUCUUCAUUGUGUUCAACCGCAGACCAAAAUGGCUACAGAAUGCAUUAGAUUCCGUCAACAAAUUCUUGCAGAUCCUUCUGCAGGUGGUUCCCGCUGAGCAUUGAUACCAACCACACG